AUGGUGCCUCCCGAUUCGCAAGACGAAAUCAACGAAGCCGCCGAGACAUUGGCGAGCCUAUCCCUGGACACUGCCAAUUCACCUGAGGCAACUAGGUCAGACGAGAAGAGCGCAGGCCCCCCAGCCCCCCCAGGCCCAUCUAGUCUACGGUCAAAGGUCGUCAAUAGCUACGUCAAUGGUCUGAUCGUUAGCACAACCGUCCAGGCACGCCGUGUCAGAGUGAAGAGUCAAGAGUUGCUGGAGAUGAUGAGCGAGCGCGCGCCGGACGAGGACGAUGAGAUGGAACUAAUGGUGUCCGAGUUCCUGAUCAAAGCCAACCUCUCCAGGAGCCAGCUGAAGAUCAACCAGAACAGAGCCUUGUUAGCCUUGGAUGACUAG